UCGGCCUCGCAUGAGUAUCAAGCUAUGACCUCUUUGACGAAGAUUCAAGUGUACCCACGAGUCUUGGAGCACCGUCUCUUCAUCAGAGAUCCGAUACGGGUCGUGUGUAGGUUAAAUUCUAGAGAACGUAGCAAUAGGGUUUGUGUGCAUCGCUGUGAGAGUGAUUCUGGUGAGAAGAAAGUUGAAAGAAGGAGAAAAGUUGAGAAAUCUAAUGGGUUGUGGAGUUCUUUGAAAUCUGGGGUUUUAGGUUUUAGUAAAUUAGGGUUCUUAUCUAAAGAUGAGUACAAUCACAAAGUUGAGAAACUGGAGAUGGUCUUCUCUAAGAUUGCUGUUCAGAUUGCGAGAUAUAUUGUGACUAUGACAAGUACUGGAGCUAUUCUCUUGAUUGGGUUUCAAUUAUCAGGUGGGGAUGGUUCGAAGAACUCAUUGAUUUGGUAUAGUUGGCUUGGAGAUAUUAUCAUUGGAACUAUGAUUGGGUCUAACAUGGUUUUGGAAGAUCAUUACAGAGCUGAUCUGCGUAAUGUUGUUAUUACUGGAAGUACGAGAGGACUAGGGAAAGCUCUUGCUAGAGAGUUUCUUCUCUCUGGAGACAUUGUCACAUCUCGCAGGUUGGUAUAUUGAAUUGUAUAUGGGAAUAUGGAUUAGUUUUUUCUAUCGAG